AUAACACUUCAACCCUGGAUUAUCAUUCAUAAAUUUUACACUGGCUGUGCUCAUCUUCGUUGCAGCCGGACGAGUUUGUGAUCGAAUUUUCAGGUGAUAAAGUUACGGUAAAGUGCUGGUUUGGGUUUGCUCGAGGUAAACGAUGGGUCUCUCGCAUAGUAUUUCCGUCCCCGGUGGCGGUACUGAGGGUUACCAUGUCCUGCGGGUGCAAGAUCACUCCCCCGGCCAGAAGGCUGGAUUGGAAGCGUUCUUUGAUUUUGUCCUGGCGAUUGGGAACACUCGGCUGGAUCAAGACAACGAUACGCUGAAGGAGCUGCUGAAAGCAAACAUUGACAAGGAGAUCCAGAUGACUAUCUUUAGCAGCAAAACGCAAAACAUCCGGGUUGUCAAUAUAACGCCGAGUACAACAUGGGGAGGUCAAGGACUGCUUGGCGUUAGCAUUCGGUUCUGUUCGUUCGAAGGUGCUAAUGAGAAUGUUUGGCACAUUCUGGAGGUGCAUCCAUCAUCACCGGCAGAAGAAGCUGGUUUGAUCCCAUUCACGGAUUACAUUAUCGGGGCAGAUUCAAUUUUGCACGAAAGCGAAGAUUUAUUCACACUGAUCGAGUCCCACAAGGGAAGGCCCCUGAAGAUGUACGUAUACAACAUCGAUAAGGACGCCUGCAGGGAGGUAACCAUCACUCCCAACAAUAAAUGGGGUGGUGAGGGAAGCUUGGGUUGUGGAAUCGGUUACGGCUAUUUGCAUCGAAUACCGAUUAGGGUAUUGCCAGCGGAUGCUAAGUUGGCUCCCCCUACGGGAACGGCGCUUAGUCAGAGCAUGAGCCCGGUACCAACAUCGGUCGCCUCGGCAACAGAUCCUAACGCGGCUAAUCGAGCCAUUCCUUUCAUCCCGAUGGUUCCCCCGCUUGCAAAUACAUUUGCUUCAACGGCCGGAACGGUUCAUACAGAUUUGCUGACGGUUUCACAGACUGUAACAACGGAUAGCACUACCACGGCGUCUCUGGCGAACCAAUUUUCCAACAUGAGCACAGUAGACCAGACCAACAACAAUCCUACCCAGUUUGUCAGUGUCAAUAACAAUGUAAUGCCGCCGGCGUCGGUGACUUCCCCUCCGAUUAGCAUUACCGAGGCUUAUUAUACGCCACCUGCUGGCACUUUGUCAUCUUCUGGUACUAACGUUGCACCUUCCUUCGGUACGGAUGUCGUUGCUGCCAUGUCAUCUGCAACGGCUACAAUUCCUAUGUACUCGCCACCCGCACAGCAGCAGAUACCUUUUUCGAUGGCCAACACUCAGCAACAGCAAACUCUGGUCGAUUUGUCUUAUGGUCCGACAAGCACCGUUUCAUCAACCACAACUCUGCCAACGAUUAAUCCGAGCGUCUUCACACCCAAUGUCCCACCACCGUCAACCUUGGCGAGUGACUUCUACCAAACCUAUGGAAAUGCUCCUGCGAUUUCGGCUGCUGCUACUUCUCUAGCCAGCGCUUUCCAACCGUCAAGCUUAUCAUACCCGACCGGCGCCCAGCCGCAGUACCAAUCGCAAACGUACGCCGCCGGCCAGGCACCAGCUCCGAUUCAGAUGUAUUCAACGUUUCCCCAGCAUCAACCGUCGCAUGGAAACGCCACAACAAUAGAUCUGACCCAGCAGCCGCCACUGUUCCAACCGAGCGCCGUCACAACGCCCAUUUCCCUCCCCGGAAUGCCUCCGAUCACGGUCAAUGCGACGAUCCCACCGGAAGCACUGCGAGGUCUGCAGUUUGGAAGCGGAACGGCAGCACCGGCUUCGACAACUACCCAAUAGACCUUUUAGUGUUAGGCACGUACUACGGUGACGAUGCGAUGGCUACAAAAUCGAAGGUAUUCGUUAUAAUUGUACAUAUAUUAUCACUUGCAAGCUUCUACGAGUUUUGUUCAACUUCUGACUUGUUCUUGCGAUGACGGAGGUAAGUACCUAAAAUAUUUGCUGACCUGUUGUUUGAGAUGUUUAUGUAAUUUACCUAAAACAGUAAGAGAAAGGUAAUUGGAGAACCAAUUAUGGAAACGAUUGAAUGUCACUAUUUUUUUCGAAGCUUUUUUUAAAAUAUAUUUUUUUAUUUAGUGCAAUUAGUUCUACGAAAUAUCCUGGGGAUUUUUGCUGAUGCUAGUAGACUAUUAUUAUGGUCACGAGAUGAUGAGCUAUAAAUUAUUGAUACCAUAACAAGUGGAUUAAGUUAUUGAUAGAAUGAGCAACAGGCAUUUUUUUUUGUUUUCUAUGCUAUCUAGAAUAAAACGGCAUCAUAAUAAAGAGUCCUGAGAUAAUGUA